UUUAUUUGCUAGGUAAAGGAAAUUGAAACUCGCAGAUUAAAAUCGUGUUGUUUUCUUUGUAACUGUUCGAUUCUUUAUGUUGGUUUAAAAGCGACUGAACGUGCUGAUUUCACAACGGAUUCAACGAAAUGAGCCGCGUCGGUAGAAUAAUCGUAGUGAUAUGUGCGCGAAUAUUACGUUUGCUUUCGUUGGAAUGUCGGAAAUUCUAUUACGCGGGAUAUUAUAAUUUAGUUGCCGGUAGCUUGUGAUAAACAAAGUGCUGAUUGCGCUACAGAAUAUCUUCGGCUGUCUCUAACGUCGGACCAACGUUCCAUCUCGUGUUCGUGAUGACAGGAAUGUCGAGGCAGCGGUACGCGAACCGCAGCAGCGGGAACAGAUAAGGAAGGGAGGAGCCACGCAUCGGGCAAUCAUGUGUAGUGUCAUGUGGCUCCUUCGGCUCCUAACGACUUGCUGCCUCGUUUACCUAUCGGCGUCCGACUCUCAUACAGAUCUGCCGCUAAUAACGGAUUCGGUAUCGACGAAAUCGACGACGGCGGCAAAGCGAUCGGUACCGACGGACGCGCCGAUGUUGAACUACAUUUUCGAUGCGCACAGCACGCUAAACAAGCAUCAACAUCAUCACGAUCAUCGGUGGGGUCCUCAUUUCGAAGGGGAGAGCAAGAACAUGACUGUGCAAGCUGGUGGAAGCGCCAUCCUCGACUGCAGGAUAUCCUUGCUACAGGAUAAAACCGUGUCUUGGGUACGUAGACAAGAUAACGGGGAAAAGGUGAAUCUGCUGACGGUGGGGCAGCAGACGUACAUAGGAGAUCCAAGAUACACGGUGAAGUUCCAAUACCCGGACAACUGGCGCCUACAAAUCGAGCCCGUGAACAGUAGCGACGAGGGCCAGUACGAGUGCCAAGUCAGCACUCAUCCGCCCAAGUAUAUUCACGUGAAUCUUCACAUCAACGCACCGUCCGUCCAGAUAGUGGACGCCCUGGGUGAACCGCUGAGAGACAAGUACUACGAGGCUGACAGCACCAUCGAGCUAUUGUGCGUCGUGCGUCAUAUAGCGAUGCAAGUCCAGUACAGCGUCGUUCAGUGGCUUCACGGCAACAGAGUUCUCAAUUACGACACGACGAGAGGCGGUAUCAGCGUGAAAACGGACCUAAUGGAAGAGGGGGCCAAUUCGACACUCAGCAUAGCGAGGGUGGGACCAGCUGACAGCGGAAACUACACGUGCCAUCUCACCACCAUGCCCGAUCAACCUGCCACUGUUCACGUGCACGUGCUCAACGGAGAAAGCUUAGCCGAACUCCAUCACGGAUGCGCAAAAAGCGUGGGCGGUAGCGGGUCGUUGCUACUGCUUCUGUUCGUUCUCCUGGGCCGGAUACAACAGGUGUUCAGAUGAAGGAUCGACGACGCUUCGUCGCCGUAUCGACACGGCGCUGCACGAAUAACGAUAUGGACUUUUAUAUUAUCGUUGAAGAAUUGAGCUAGCCGUGUGGACGCGUAAACGACGAACGAAGGAAAAAAGAGCGACGAAAGAAAUGGAUGAAACGAGAAGAGGUGACAUAGGGCGGGGAAAGUAAAACGUGGAUCGAAACGUUACGAGAAUAGACGAGAGAAUAGGCUACUGCGAGAAAGGGAAAGGUUGGCAGCGUCGAUCCGCCGCCAUUGUCUUUCUGCGUCGCUACACGCCAGUUUCCGGUUCACCGUUUGUCCUCCAUGGCCGACUCGAUCUCGUGAAGCGCCCGACUCUCGCGUCUCUGUCCUUCCGAUUGCCGGAACUCUCGGAUCGUAGUCGAAAGAAUUAGGCAACCCGCCGAGGUUCGGAGGAAGGAAUUAAUUCGUCGAUAGCGCUGGUUGCUAGAUCGAUCAGAUCGUAUCGAAGGUGAGAGAGAAAACGGGCUUAGAGAUUCGAUUUGGAAAUUCAAUUUGGAAAUUCGAUCGGCUGACUCGUAGUCUUCCUGUUUUCGCGCGUCAGCUACGUCAUGUGCCUUUAUAUUCAGUUUCGAGAACGAAGUCAAGCGCGAAGAGUUUGACCGCGAAGUUGCGUCGUACGUAAACGAAGAUGGAACAAGGUGAGGACGACACGUGCAUAUCUUUUGCGUUCUACGUUAACUCGUGUAAUUGCACGUUUUCGUUUAUUUUAGCGAUCGUGUACGAUAGAUCUUUGUAUCGUGGAAUACAUAAUCAAAAUAUAAUAAAAA